AUGGAUAUGGUCAGUUUGGCUAAAUACAAUGACGGGGUGAGAUACCUCAUGAUGAUCAUUGAUCUGUUCUCCAGGUACUUGUGGGUGUUACCACUCAAGUCGAAAACGGGGAACGACGUGGUAGAUGCUUUGACAGAAUUCUGGAAAUUAGAGUCCAGAAAACGCAAACUGUUUCAGUCCGAUUCAGGGUCAGAAUACAAGAACCAUAAGGUCAAAGCAUUGUUGAAGUCGCAUGGCAUAACGCAGCUGUUUGCUCUAAAUGAAACCAAAGCAAGUUAUGCUGAACGGGUCAUUAAAACCAUCAAAAUGCGUCUCUAUCGCUACAUGUUAAAAAACUAUACUUACAAGUACAUGGAUGUUCUAGAGAAAGUCGUCUAUAGCUAUAACCACACCAAGCAUCGAAUGUUAGGUCAAACACCAGCCAGUGUCAACCAAACGAACGAAGGAGAGGUCCGUCUGUCUCAGUACCUGAUCAAACCUAAAAAGGCAAUCCACAAAAACAAGUUUACAUUUAACAUAGGUGAUAAAGUACGAGUCAGUCAUCUUCAGGGCACCUUUGAUCGGGAAUACCAAGAGAAAUGGUCUGGCGAAAUAUUUACCAUUGAGAAAAGGUACUGGUCUCAAGGUAAAGACUUGUACAAAUUAAAGGACUGGGGUGGUGAUGCCAUCAAAGGGACAUUCUAUGCAGCUGAACUUCAAAAGGUGACUGAGAAUCCUGAUCAACUGUACCGUAUCCAAGACAUUGUGAAAAGGAGAACUCGUAACAAACAGAAAGAAGUGUUGGUCAAAUGGCUUCACUGGUCUAAGAAGUAUAAUUCGUGGAUUCAAGAAGCAGACGUUGUUCGAUAUCAGACAGACACGAGACCCACAUCCCAGAUCACCACAGAAAACAGUCCUGUGGAGUUUAACGUUUAUGGUCAAGGUGUCGAUUACAUCGACCUGAAAUGUACCAAACUACAUGUCAGAGCUAAAAUCACCAAAGCUGAUGGCAGCAUCUUGACAAAAGAUGAAAAGGUGGGACCCGUCAAUCUAUGGCUCCAGAGUUUUUGGUCUCAAGUGGAUCUGACACUCAAUGGAAAACUCGUCACCACCUCUACCAAUCUGUAUCCAUACAAGAGCUACCUGAAAGUGUUGUUGAAUGGCACGUCCACAGCCAAGGAAUCGUCUCUGCAAUCCCAGCUGUACUACAAAGAUACGUCUGAUGAUAUAGACAGUGUAGACCCAAUAACGGGAAUUCGGGACUUGCUAACAGAGGUGCUUUAUGUGAAUGGAGUCACACCGUGGAUAUGGAAGGACCUCUGUACGAAGACUUUUUAG